AUGUUCGAGCUGGAUGAUCCACGGGAGAAGCUGAGACUGCUGGAAACGCCAGUGAAGAGCACCGACAAGUCGUCAGAUUCCAUCGACGGGGACGCUUUGAAGGAGCUGAACGGUGGAGCCGAAAACGGGCUCGGCGGUGACGGCGGCGAGGAGACCGUCCUGGCGAUGACCACCGUCGGCCAGAUCAAGGCGAAGAGCCGGCCGGGUCUGCUGCCCCGCAGCGGCAGCGAGCUGACCGAUGGCGAGCAGCGCGAAACCUGGAGCGGCAAGGUGGACUUCCUCCUUUCGGUCAUCGGUUUCGCCGUGGAUCUGGCCAACGUGUGGCGGUUCCCGUACCUCUGCUACAAAAACGGUGGUGGUGCGUUCCUUGUUCCGUACGGCAUCAUGCUGCUGGUCGGAGGUAUCCCACUGUUCUACAUGGAGCUGGCGCUCGGGCAGUUCAUCCGGAAGGGUGCCAUUACCUGCUGGGGCCGGGUGGUGCCGCUCUUCAAGGGCAUCGGGUACGCGGUCGUGCUGAUAGCGUUCUACGUCGAUUUCUACUACAACGUCAUCAUCGCCUGGUCGCUGCGGUUCUUCUUCGCCUCCUUCACCGACAGCCUCCCCUGGACCCACUGCUCCAACCCGUGGAACACGGCCGAGUGCAAACCGUUCGGUUUCAGCAACAGUUCGGCGGCGGCGGCUGCGGCCACCAACAACACCGCCACUCUGCUGGCCAACGCUUCCGUCACGGCGGCCGCCGUCAACGAGUCCAAGUUUGCCUCGGCCGCCUCGGAGUACUUCAAUCGCUACAUCCUGGAGCUGGACAAGAGCGAGGGUAUCCACGAUCUGGGCGCCAUCAAGUGGGACAUGGCGCUGUGCCUGCUGGCGGUGUACCUCAUCUGCUACUUCUCGCUCUGGAAGGGCAUCAGCACCUCGGGGAAGGUGGUCUGGUUCACGGCGCUCUUCCCGUACGCCGUCCUGCUGAUCCUGCUUGUGCGCGGCAUUACGUUGCCCGGGUCGGCCGAAGGCAUCCUGUACUACCUGCGGCCCAACUUUGACGUCAUCUACAACGCGGAGGUUUGGGUGGAUGCCGCCACGCAAGUAUUCUUCUCACUCGGGCCCGGCUUCGGCGUGCUGCUGGCUUACGCUUCCUACAACAAGUAUCACAACAACGUUUACAAGGACGCUCUGCUGACCAGUCUGAUCAACUCGGCCACCAGCUUCGUGGCCGGCUUCGUGAUCUUCUCCGUGCUGGGCUACAUGGCGCACGCGAGCGGCCAAAGCAUCCAGGAUGUGGCGACCGAAGGGCCGGGCCUGGUGUUUGUCGUGUACCCGGCCGCGAUCGCCACCAUGCCGGGGAGCAUCUUUUGGGCGCUCAUCUUCUUCAUGAUGCUGCUGACCCUCGGCCUGGACAGCUCGUUUGGUGGCUCGGAGGCGAUCAUCACGGCGCUGAGCGACGAGUUUCCCAAGAUUGGUCGCAACCGGGAGAUUUUCGUGGCGUGCCUGUUUUCGCUGUAUUUUGUCGUCGGUUUGGCGAGCUGCACGCAGGGUGGUUUCUACUUCUUCCAGCUGCUCGAUCGCUACGCGGCCGGCUACUCGAUCCUGAUAGCGGUGCUCUUCGAAUCGAUCGCGGUGUCGUGGAUCUACGGCACCGAACGGUUCUGCAACGACAUCAAGGACAUGAUUGGCUUUGCGCCCGGCAUCUACUGGCGCGUGUGCUGGAAGUUUGUGGCCCCGCUGUUUCUGCUGUUCAUCAUCAUCUACGGACUGAUCGGCCACGAACCGCUCAGCUACGAGGACUACAUCUAUCCCGGGUGGGCCAACGUGCUCGGAUGGUGCAUAGCGGGCUCGUCCAUGAUCAUGAUACCGCUGAUGGCGUGCUACAAGCUGCUCGUCACUCCGGGCAGCUUCCGGCAGCGUAUGAAAAUUCUCACCACACCCUGGCGCGAUCAGCAGAUGGCCGUGAACGGCGUGACGACCGAACCGGCCCAAGUCCGCCUAACGCAUUCCGACGAGGGCGAGGAAGUUUGA